AUGGAGUUGAGUUAUUGUGGUCUCACAGAUAAAGGUUGUGCUGCUUUGGCUUCAGGUCUGAGAUCAAACCCUGAACACCUGAGAGAACUGAAUCUGUCUGGGAAUAAUCUAGGAGAUUCAGUGACUCUUCUCUCUGCUGUACUGGAGGAUCCUCGCUGUAAACUGGAGAAACUGUGGUUGAGUUAUUGUGGUCUCACAGAUGAAGGUUGUGCUGCUUUGGCUUCAGCUCUGAGAUCAAACCCUGAACACCUGAGAGAACUGAAUCUGUCUAGGAAUAAACUAGGAGAUUCAGUGACUCUUCUCUCUGCUGUACUGGAGGAUCCUCACUGUAAACUGGAGAAACUGUGGUUGUAUAAUUGUGGUCUCACAGAUGAAGGUUGUGCUGCUUUGGCUUCAGCUCUGAGAUCAAACCCUGAACACCUGAGAGAACUGAAUCUGUCUGAGAAUAAACUAGGAGAUUCAGUGACUCUUCUCUCUGCUGUACUGGAGGAUCCUCAAUGUAAACUGGAAACACUGUGGUUGAGUAAUUGUGGUCUCACAGAUGAAGGUUGUGCUGCUUUGGCUUCAGCUCUGAGAUCAAACCCUGAACACCUGAGAUAUCUGAAUCUGUCUGGGAAUAAUCUAGGAGAUUCAGUGACUCUUCUCUCUGCUGUACUGAAGGAUCCUCGCUGUAAACUGGAGAAACUGUGGUUGAGUAAUUGUGGUCUCACAGAUGAAGGUUGUGCUGCUUUGGCUUCAGCUCUGAGAUCAAACCCUGAACACCUGAGAGUCUUGAGUCUGUCUGGGAAUAAUCUAUCAACAUCCACAAAAAAGCUGCUCUUUCAUCUAAAGGACAAACCACAAUAUAAACUGAACACAUUAUUCUUUUGAUUCUCAGUGUUUAGUUUGCUCAGGAUCUGCUGAUGGUGAAUAAGGAGAAACGUCACAGACACACAAUCAACACACACUGAAGACACACAGACUCACACUGACUGCACAACACUGGCUUGUUUUUAUAUGCAAUGACCAUGAAAAUGAAAAUGACGUCAUUAUAUUGUUUAAGAUCAUCCAGAUAUUGAUUAUAGUGGAAAAGAGGAUUUGAAAAUGACAAAACUAAAGCACUCCUAUUGUAAUCAGUCAGUCAUGUUGACAUUGUGUAAAUAUGAAAUGUUGUGCAGCACAGACAGCUUUGUUCAUUAUGCUGGAACAGUAAGAUUUUUUUUAAUUACAUUUUUAUCUUCAGUAUAAACUUGAGAAAUCAACAGAAGAGAUGUUGUGACUGAAAUGUGUCAGCAGAGGUCGACCAAGAACGUAAAUCAUUUCACUGAGCAUUUAAUUCUCUACAAUAUUUUAAAUGAAUGAUCUGUAAUUAUUUAAAUGUAAAUUGUUUAACAUGCUUAUCCAACAUUUAGUGUCUGUUUAACAAUUUCCUGCUUUAAAUAGUUUUUCUGAACAA